AUGCCUUUCCAUCGUUUCUAUGUUCCCCAAGGGCUCUACUCUCCCUGCGACAAACGGUCUAUCGCGGAAGCUGUGACCGAAGUAUAUGCCAAAGCUGGUCUUCCACGCUUCUACGUUGUAGUCAACUUCAUCGAAGUUUCAGAGGAGAACUUCUAUGUCAGCGGGAAGUCUACCACCGACUUUGUGAGGAUAUCCAUCCAUCACAUUGCCCGCCAUCUUCCAUCGCAAGUCGUUUUUCGAUACGAGAAAGCCAUCGAGCCAUUUACGAAAGGGCGAGGGAUCAGAUGGGAAAUACAGAUCGCAGAAAUGGACAGGGAUCUAUGGAACGAGAAUGGCAUGAACCCUCCACUUGGCGGUUCAGACGGAGAGCUACUUUGGCGGAAGCUAGAUAGAGCUAUCCCAUAUACUGCUGAGCACUUGGAGUUGAGAUAG